AUCAAAUGUCUCCCUUCAGUGCUCGUAGCAAACCUCGGAUCGUUGUUUGACUCGACAUGGUGUGAGACAUUCUUUACACUAGAGGUAGUCGAAGCGGGGUUGGCAAUAUUGGCAAUGCGAGUGUUUGAACGCGGAUUUUCUCUCUCUUUGAAGUAUUUGGCUCUUACGGUGGUGCCCUGAAGAACCGAGCUUUUGCUGCACACUGUCCUAUCCGAGCAGUCGUCGACUGUUAACGAAGCCCGGAUCUGUGCCAUCUCACUCCCUCCAAAAAACCGCAAACUAUGGAGAGAUCCGAACUUGUUCAAAUGGCCAAGCUGGCGGAGCAGACCGAGCGCUACGAGGACAUGGCGAGUUACAUGAAGCAGUAUACGGAGUCGGGCCAAGUUCUAUCAGACGAGGAUAGGAACCUGCUGUCCGUCGCCUAUAAAAAUGUGGUUGGGGCGAGGCGGUCUGCAUGGAGGGUGUUGUCCAGUGCAGGGAAGAACGAUUCGAAGGGGAAGUUGGUCGCUAAGUAUAAGGAGACAGUGGAACAGGAACUAAAAAGCACCUGCGAAAUCGUUUUGAAACUCCUGGAUGAUUAUUUAAUUUCACAUUCCAAAACUCCUGAGAGCAAAGUCUUCUAUCUAAAGAUGAAGGGGGAUUACUACAGAUACCUUGCUGAAGUUGCCGUUGAUGCUGACAGAGCCGACUAUACCGAGAAGUCAAUGGUUGCAUACCAGGAAGCACUUGAUAAAAGCAAGACAGAGAUGGCGGCCACAAAUCCCAUCCGCUUGGGCUUGGCUCUCAACUUCUCUGUCUUCCACUAUGAGAUCAAAGACUGCCAAGAAGAAGCCUGCAACUUGGCUAAACAGGCAUUCGAUGACGCCAUUACACAGCUUGACACAUUAAGUGAGGAGUCCUACAAAGACAGCACUCUUAUCAUGCAGCUCCUGCGAGACAACCUGACUUUAUGGACAUCAGAACAUACUCAUCAGGAGGAGUCCGAGGGCGGAGAUGGUGGAGAGGCUGGAGAGGCUGGCGAAGGUGGAGAGGGUGGCGAGAAUGAGAACUAAAUAACAAGUCCUGUGUUGGUGUCAUCUCUAAAAUUUAAGGAAAAAAAAAAAGUUUUACACAUCUGUCAUUCCCUAUUGUCCUACUCAAACAAAACACAAAACUCCAUUCCUCUGGUUUGUGCCUGUCCUGGCCAUCCCAUUUUUGCUGUUUCAGUUGGAGGAAAAUGAUUGAUGGCUUGCCAAUGAUGUUGGACUAUUUAGCUCCACUCUAGCUCUAUUUAGAACUGAAGAAAAUGUAAGUCCCAUCAAUUGAGAACGUUUGUUCACUCCUCCCUAUGAGAAAUGUUUAGCGCUUUUUUUCUUUUAGUGCGUCUGUCUCUACAGUUACAUGGUACAGUCACAGCAGCUGAAGUCCAACUAUAAUCAAUAUAAUUUUCAUACUGCAGGGAAUGCCAGUGCACUUUUCAUGCUGGCGACAAUACUAUAGUAGACCUAAGGUAGUGUCCAUUUGUGAAAUCCUCGCAUUCUGCCCUUGUUAUGAUGCCAUUCUAUUAGUGAAGCAUAUCUGUCUGUCGGAGAACUAUGUUAACAUGAAUAAAACAUUUUAUAAACCAUG